AUGUCCGCCGGCUCCCACUCCUCCACUAUCUCCUCACAAAAUCACGGCAUCUCCCUCGCAGCCUCAUCUGCUACUCUCGUCGAGCCUUCCGAGAGCACCCCUCUCCUCCAUGGAUCUGAAGGCAUCAAACGCAAAAUAAGCCAAGAAGUUUACUCGGACUGUGAAGAAGAAGCAGAAGGACGAGAGGUCGAUGUAUAUGUCCCAGGACAGGCGACCUUCAAUCAGACUCUGCUUAAUGUGCUUGGUGAUCUGAUUGGAACAGGGCUCCUGGCUUGCCCCAUUGCCAUCGCCCACGCUGGCUGGGUCCUUGGUCCUCUUAUCCUCUGCGCCGUCUGUGCAAUCACCCUAUGGACACUCAAGAUUCUGGUCAGGAUCAUUGAGAAGGAUCGGUCGAUGCGAAAUUUUGCCGAUGUCGCUCGAUAUGGCCUUGGGCCAAAGUCGGAAAAGUGGAUCGCUGCGCUGUUCAUCUCGGACUGCUGUAUAUGGAUGGUUGCACUCAUUGUACUCUUUUCCGACUCUUUCGAGGUGGUCUUGCCCAUGUUAAGCAGUAAUCAGUGGAAGGUCGUUGGUCUUGCUGUCAUCGUUCCCCUCAAUUUCAUCCCCCUUCGAUACCUUUCCUGGACUUCUGCCUUGGGUAUCAUCUCCACAUGGACCCUCGUCGCCAUCCUCAUCUUUACUGGCCUCGCCACCCCGACCUCCCCUGGCUCCAUUUGGGAUCCUGCUCCCACCGACCUCUGGCCCGUCCAUGGCCCUGUCAAGUUCGGCCUCUCGUUUGGUCUGCUCAUCUCGGGCUUUGGAGGGCAUUUCUUGGUACCGAAUCUGAUCAGGGACAUGAAACACCCAGAACAGGGUGAGAGGGUGUGCGAGGUGGGCUAUGGAAUCUGCAUCGUGGUGUAUGCUUUGGUCAGUGUGUUUGGAUAUCUGAUGUUUGGGAGGGAUGUGUCGGACGAGAUCAGCAGGGAUUUGGCCAAGACUAGUGCUUUCUCGCCACUUAUGGCGUCGAUUGCAGUUUGGAUGGUGGCUAUCAAUCCUCUCACCAAGAUUCCUCUCGGUCUGCGACCUCUCACUGACGUCGUGUACUCCUUUUUCAACCUCCAGCCUACCGUCUUCGUACCCAAGGCGCAUUCCUUCAGCGCCUCCCCUACUAUUCCUAACCCCAACCCCAACAACCUGCCCUCUUCCCCCUCUUCCAGUACUUCCUCAACCGCCACUCUUGAAGACCCUCACUACCUGCACGCUCUCUCCAAUGCGCAAAGGCAUCACGACCGCCGCGAGAAGCUGAAAUCAGUGUUCCGCGCCCUCGUUGCCAUCUGUCUACUCGCCUUCUUUGUCGUCGGCGCCUUGGUCUUCCCCUCUUUUGAGACUUUGCUCUCCAUCAUGGGCGGGGGCAUGUCGGUGGUCACGAGUAUUCUGAUACCGAUUGCGGCUGGCGCAAACCUUUGGGGGUGGACUUGGUGCUCGAGGGGUCUGUUUGGGAUCUCGACUGUGGUGUGCGUGAUCGGGUUGCUUUGCGCUUUGUUGAACAAUCAAUCAUGA